CAAAAAUGACGGUUGGCGAGAUAAACACCUCAGCUACAAAUGCCGGCAUCGAGCGAUUGAAGCGUUACAGUUCCGCGCUAGAAGUCGCGUGCUGCGGAUGCCGACAGUGCCUCUAGUUUCGUUUGCUGUGGGUGGACUCUUGUGACGACAUUGUUGUUUUUCUCGUGACUAAGCAGUGCCAGAAGUGAUUAUUUAUUUGUUGCCAUUACGAUCUAACUACUACUAAAGUGUUGUGCAGUGAAUACGGUACGAUGCAUCCAGCGUUUGAAAAUGCCGGCACUAGCAAGGGCCUGGAACUGUGGCGCAUUGAGAACUUUGAACCAGUUCCGGUACCGGUGAAGGAGUACGGGAAAUUCUACACCGGUGAUUCCUACAUCGUGCUUAAUACUAAGGAAUCCAAGAGUGGAGUUCUAUCGUGGGAUGUCCACUUCUGGCUUGGGCUGGAAACGUCCCAGGACGAGGCGGGUUCGGCCGCCAUUCUGACGGUACAGCUGGACGAUCGGCACAACGGUGCACCGGUACAGCACCGUGAGGUGCAGGAUCACGAGAGUUCCCUGUUUCUGAGCUACUUCCCGGGAGGUGUCCGGUAUGCGGCCGGUGGUGUGAAGAGCGGUUUCAACGAGGUUGAAACGAACGCCGCCGGCGAGAAGCGUCUGUUCCAGGUGAAGGGUGCGAAGAACGUGCGAGUGCGCCAGGUUCCGCUGACGAUCGGUUCGAUGAACAAGGGAGACUGCUUCAUACUGGAUGCUGGAUACGAUAUCUACGUGUACGUUGGAGCGUCCGCAAAGCGGGUCGAGAAGAUAAAGGCCAUCAGUGCGGCGGGUCAGAUACGCGAUCAGGAUCAUGCGGGCCGUGCUAAUGUGCAUAUUUUGGAUGAGUUUGCAAGUUCCUCGGAGCAGCAGGAAUUCUUCGAUGUGCUGGGAGAAGGGUCUCCCGAUGCUGUGGCGGAAGAAUCGGAAUCGGACGAAGCAUACGAGCGUACCGAUUGUAAGACGAUCACGCUCUAUCACGUAUCAGACGCUAGUGGAUCGCUAGAGAUCACCCCCAUCGGUGAGCGACCAUUGAAGCAGAGCAUGCUUGAUUCAAAUCAGGACUGCUACAUUCUGGAUACGGGAGCCGGCAGCAUUUACGUGUGGAUCGGUAAGGGGGCGACCGGUCAGGAACGGUCCCAGGCGAUGGUUAAAGCACAGGAGUUCAUCACCGUCAAGGGCUAUCCGGUGCAUACGGCAGUGCACCGGGUUGUGGAAAACGGAGAAACGACCGACUUCAAGCAGUUCUUCGCCAGCUGGCGUGACAAGGGCAUCAACCAUGCGCAGCUUAUCAAAACCGCCAUGGGUGACGGGGACGAAUCGGAUGCCGGGGACGCUGAGUUUGAUGCGGAAAUUUUGCACACCUUUAAGAAGAACGGUGGCCGCGCACUCGGCUUCAUGCCGGACAAUGGACAGGGAGCGGCUGAAGUGUGGCGCGUGCAGAACUACGACCUGGUGCCGGUGGAACCGGACGCGUACGGAACGUUCUACGCCGGUGAUUCGUAUCUGGUGCGGUACGAGUACACGAUCAAGGCCGGUGGGCAUGGUUACAUCGUAUACUUCUGGCAGGGCAAGACGUCGUCCACCACCGAGAAGGGAGCGUCGGCAAUGCACGCUGUCCGCAUGGAUGACGAACUGAACGGAAAGGCAAUCCUGGUGCGCGUUGCCCAGGGUAACGAACCGCGCCACUUUAUGAAGCUGUUCAAGGGCCGCAUGGUUACGCUGCUGGGUGAUCACGACAACCAGCCAGCGGAUGGUACGAAGCUGUUCCGCGUUCGUGGCACCUGUUCGGAUGAUGUACGGGCCGAGGAGAUGGCCCCGAACGCCAGCUCGCUAGCGUCGGAUGAUGUGUACCUGCUGAAGACGGCGGGCACCGUCUACAUCUGGCACGGUGUUGGUGCAUCCGAUCUGGAGAAGGAUAUGGCGGCGAACAUUGCUGGGGUCGUCGCACCGGACGCUAGCCCGGAAGUCGUCGCGGAAGAUUCCGAACCGGAAGCGUUCUGGAGCGCUCUCGGUGGAAAGGAUGACUAUGAUCGUGAGCUCGAUCCGCCCGGUGCACCGUUCCUGUCAGCGCGUUUGUUCCACUGUCGCAUUCUGUACAACAAGAAGCUGCGCGUCGAAGAAGUGCCUCACUUUGAGCAAGAUGAUCUCAACGUUGACGAUGUUAUGGUACUGGACGGUGGGGAUGAGAUCUACUGCUGGAUCGGUAAUGGAGCGACGGAGGAGGAGCGUAGCAAGUCGAUCGACAUGGCCCGCCAGUAUAUCCGUACCGAUCCGUCCGAGCGUUCCGAGGAGACGGUCCCGAUCGUUAUCCUCCACCAGGGCGCCGAACCAAGAAGCUUCAAGCGUUUGUUCCCCACUUGGGACGAUGCUUUCUGGGAGUCCACUACUCUCGCUCGUUAAUUGGUUUGGCGUUGUUUGGGGUUUGAGUUUCUAAUCGUGCCGCCGUCUAAAUACUAAGCCGCUAAAUGUAGAAUUGCUUACGUGCUGGUUUGUUUAACGUACCGGAAUGGUUUGUUUAACGUUUGUAUUGUGAAUCGAGUUAACCCUUCACAAAGUAUAGUUGUUUCGGAAGUUAAAGAAAAUUCAUCAUUUCUUCUUGUAUGUGUCUCUCUCUCUCUUCUUUCUUACAGUCCCAAAUGUCAUACGAAGCGUACAGGCAGCAGGCUUUGGAGCAAAACCAACAUGCUGCUUAGAUACGCGUCGAUCAUCAUGCGUCAUUUACCUCAUCAAAACGAGUUUGCAUCAUUUUAUUAUUCUAUAUUUACUACGGUUUGAAUAAAGCAUAUAGGCUAUUAUACAGUAAAAACA